AUGUCUACAGCUUCGAAAGUAACUCUUUUGAGCACCGUCUUGGCCACAGCCGGCAUCGUGGCCUUUGUCCAUUGGGCGCAGAGUGCCGAAAAAGCCGCUAUGCACGCCGGAGUCAUUCGAGACAUGGAGCAGCAACGCAUUAAACGAGAGCGUCAAGCAGAUUUCGAUAUGCAGAGGCAGCUUGAGGAAGAGUACAAGAAAGUCCAGACCGUACACGAUGCUACAAACGGAGCGUGA